AUGAAGUUCUUCGCGACUCUCCUCUUCGCUGCCGUUGGCGUCUCCGCCGCCAGCUCGACUUCGCCAGAUACCCCUGGCUCCAGCUGUCUGGCCGACUACAUCCUCGAGGACUGCCUCGGCUCAACCACCAAAACUGCCAACGCUUGCAAGCCCACCGACUACGACUGUCUCUGCGCCGCGUACCAGGCCGUCUUGACCUGCUACAACAACUGCCCCAACGACAUCCGUGCUCCCUCAGUCCAGCAACAGGUCGACUCCUACUGCCGAACUGCCUCCCUCCUGUCCCCCAAGACCACAGCCUCUACCCCCAAGACCAAGACAUCAGAGUCUUCAAACCCCGAGGAGACUUCCGGCUCUGCUCCCACCAAUGACGAUGCUUCUACCACCGAUUCUGGUCCCUCUCAGACUGCUGGCGCCCAGACAAGCUCCACCACCAGCGCUCGCAGCUCAAGCACCAACGCCGCCGCCGCUCCCACCAUGGGAAGCGUUGCUGGCCUCGUCAUGGCUAUUGCCGGUGCUGCUGUCGCCGUGAUCUAA